UCUACUCCAACAAUGUAGCAAUGGCAAGGCGUCUCGAGAACAACAAAGAAGUGUUGCCAUCGAUGUAACGUAGUCCCGCCCUCAUACGAGUACAUACAGACCUAGAACGUCCGGUCUUCCUCUCCGUGAACCUCUACCAUUCAUUGCAGCAUCACAUUGGAUCAAGAGUUUCUUCUAACAUUUGUGGAAUCAGAAAACGAGAAUCUCAAGGAAAACAACACAGGAAAAGUCUGCAAGGAAAUGCAUUGUCUAUCAGCCAAUAACAGUUCAGAUGCUCAAGAGACGUCUCGUUCACGUUACAGAAAAGAAGAUUGGACAACUCUCGAAACGUAUUGUUCCUGCACGGGUUGCUUUAUGACACCUAUUGUAUUAGUAUGUACAGGAGCUGCAGUACCUUUCGCUAGUCUACAUACAAAACCUUACGAGAAAUUCGAAGUCGACACUAAACUAGAGAGCGACAGACUUAUCCGUCUACACAUCGGACUUACAAACAUGAAAGCAGAGCCUCAUCAUUUUACACAAAUGGAUCAAACCUGGCCUAGAGAUCAGUGCACUAAAGAAGCAAUGUGUGAAUUUCGACUAUGCCAUUCGCUCACUUUAUAUUGUGGACGUCUCUACCAGCGACUCUGUUUGUCUAAUGCACAACGAAUUGGGAUCAUGUAUGAUGUCGCAAAGCGAAUUCACUUUCGUAUCGCCGAUGAGACCGUGUACGUGUCUUAUCCGAUGAUGCUCGAUUCCUUAUACAUGUACACGAAUCCUUUGUCUGGCUACCCUGUCUCUAAAAUGAAAGCGAGAAUCAUUCGUCCUAGUGUGUUUUCGUUGCAGGAGUGGUGUAGGAUAGCAAUAACGCUUCUUGUUGCUCGGAAAGACGUCGACAAGUUACCAUUGCCUCGCAGACUGAAGCACUACGUGGGAUUCGAGACGUGCAAUAGUCUAGCGUAUCUAUGAGGGUAUAAAGACAUGGUUGCCCAUGCCUUGACUGUUAGAUUUCGAAUUUUUUUGCAAUAUACAGAUUGUGCGAUGGUAACAUAUAUGGAUGUUGCGCAUAUCUUUUGUUGCAGAGCUAUACUGAUUGCUUGAAACUUAGAAAUAGUAGUCCCAACAUU